GGUGAUGAAAAGAGAAGAAGAACAAGAAGAAGAAGAAGAAGAAGAAGAAGAGAGGUUGUGUCUUUGAGUUUUCUUUGAUCUUUGAGGAAGAAAAGAAAGAGGAUUGGUUGGGGAAGAAGAUCCAAUGGCUCCGGUGGGCCUUCCGCCGGGCUUUCGAUUUCACCCUACCGAUGAAGAACUCGUAAACUAUUACCUCAAGAGGAAGAUCCAUGGCCUUAAGAUCGAGCUCGAUAUCAUACCCGAAGUCGAUCUUUACAAGUGUGAGCCAUGGGAGCUUUCAGAGAAGUCAUUCUUGCCUAGUAGAGAUCCAGAGUGGUAUUUCUUCGGUCCAAGAGAUCGGAAAUACCCAAAUGGAUUUAGGACUAAUAGAGCAACAAGAGCUGGAUACUGGAAAUCAACAGGGAAAGAUAGGAGAGUGAGUUGCCAAAAUAGAGCAAUUGGGAUGAAGAAGACAUUGGUUUAUUAUCGAGGUCGAGCUCCGCAAGGCAUUCGAACCGAUUGGGUGAUGCAUGAGUAUAGGCUCGACGAUAAGGAAUGCGAAGAUACAAUGGGAAUUCAGGACUCAUAUGCACUGUGUAGAGUGUUCAAGAAAAAUGUGGUAUGUGCUGAAAUAGAAGAUCAAGGGCAAUGCAGUCUAAGCAUGAUAGAGAGUUCACAAGGACUAACAAGUAGUAGCACUCAUGAUCAGUACUAUGAUCAGCUUGAAACUGUGUCUCCAGACACUGCUGUUAAUGGAUCAUCACCAUGCAUUGAUGAAGAUGAUAAAGAUGACUCUUGGAUGCAGUUCAUCACUGAAGAAGCUUGGUGUUCAAAUGUUUCCACUUCUGAACCUUGUGAUGACCUCUCAACUGUGGCUGCUUAUGCCAACUGAUUCUUCUUCUUAAUUAUAUAUAUAUAUAUAUAUAUAUAUAUAUUCUGCAUUAUUUAAGGUUUGUUGUCUGUCAAAUAGAGUUUCACUAAUUUUUAUAUGGAGAUAUAUUGUGUAUUGAGUCUGCAAGGUUUUGUGGGAAUAGGUCCUCCUUUCUACUUCUUUUUAUUUUUUUAUUUUUAUUUUUAUUUUCUUUUUCUCUCCCUUUUUUUUAUUUAUCUUUAUCUCUUUUUCUUGUUUGCACUUCCUUAUGGUGGUGUAUAGAAUAAGUGGACUUGUAUGUGGUAUAGCAUUUGAAAUAAAGAAUA